AUGAACUGGUUUUUCAAUAAAAACAAACCGCCGUCGAAUUCGUGCGAGUGCGACAAUUCCCCGCCGAUUCCGAAUUUCGGGCGAUUUCAGAAUUUCGUACGGAGAAGACCGAUGAAGUAUCCUUACACACUUACCGCCAAAGUCGCCCAAUUUCCUUUAUUGCACUACAUCAAACACAAUUGGGUUUGGAGGUAUUAUAUAGGAGGUCUAAUUCUUUCCGCUCCCGUAUUUUGGUAUAUCACCAAAAUCACUAAUUCUCCCGAGAACGUCGCCAGAUGGGCGGAAAUUAAGCGCAGAGAAAAAGAAGAGCACGAACACAAAUUUAAAUAA